AUGGCUUCUCGAAGAACUCAUACCAAGUCUCGCACAGGCUGCUUGAACUGUAAGCGACGCAAAGUCAAGUGCGAUGAAGCUCGCCCUUCGUGCUUCCACUGUACAAGGCAUGGUGUGGUAUGCAGUCUAUCUUCGUCAUCUUCCAUCGAUGGCACCAGCGAAACCUACUCGCCCAGUCUACCAAAUCUGACACCUUCAACUCCCUCAUCUCUCGAUAGUCACCAUGUUGACUCUCCCCACCUCUUCCAAGACCACAGUCACCCCAGUCCCACUGACCAAAUUGCCCCCUUUCCUCCCCAUGAGCUCUGGGCUCGCGACUGCGAGUUAAUGCACCACUAUUGUACUGUGACCGCCGAAAGCCUAUCAAUCCGUAAAGACCUGACAUAUGUCUGGUCAGUUGCUAUCCCAAGACUAGGCUACCAGGAUCCUUUCGUCAUGCAUGGAAUUCUUGCUAUUGCCGCCGCUCAAAAAGCUUACAUGCUUCCUGCCAGUCGAAAGACGUAUCUGCCAUUGGUCGACUAUCACCAAACUCUCGGCUCCGAGGGUUAUCGUCGCUAUCUCCAGCAUUUCGACUUAUCCAAUUGGAUGCCUGUUUUUGGUUUCGCCUCAGUCGUUGUCUUGCACAUGCUGACUCUUCCCAUGCGUAUGGAAAACCGUGUGCUUGAGAGUCCCAUCACCAACAUCAUAGAGGUAGCCGGCCUGAUAAGGGGUAUCAGAACAACACUAGAGCCUGUCUUGGGACGUGUAGUCAGGUCUGAGUUUGCCCCUGUUGUCUUCGGGAUCUGGAUGCUUGAUUCUGAUAAAGAAUCAGAACGAUAUCCCAAUCUUGAUAACUCGGCUCUACCUAGAGAUACAUGGGCCGCCCUCCGAAGACUACGGGCUUUCCAAGAAGCUGAUAUUCCUGCCACUGGUCUGCAACAUUAUGCAGAGGCUUUGGACGACCUUGAAACCUCUGUCAGGCUCUUUGCUGCCGCCGGGGUACAAACUGAGUCUGGUGCCGUCCAAUUCUGGCUGUAUUCUGUUCAUGAUGGCGUCCUACUUGAUCUUGCCGCACAUAGGCCUCAUGCGCUUCUUCUUUUCGCUCAUUAUCUCGUGCAUUGGGCAGUCCUCGAGAGAAAAUUCUGGUAUGUGAGAGGCUGGUCCCAACAACUGAUGGCCAAGAUAGAGGAAGGUUUAAUCGGCCAACCAAUGUUCCUCGAGAUGUUGAAUUGGCCUAAACAAAAAGUUGCUGAAGCUCUUGCGUAUACAUAG